AUGAACGUGGAGACGUGCGUCUCAUACGGCGACAUGACAUCCAUGGACUCGUACUACAGCCCCUCCGCGACGCAAGGUCGAGACCAGCCGAGCAGCAACCCCUUUAGGACAUUCCAGACGGGCGACACCAAGUACGGCCCCUCUUUCCUGCCCGGCAAAGGUCAGCCGUACGGCGAGAAGCCCCGCAGCCCCUUCCAGCAGGACUGCCCGCUAUUGGACGCCGCGGCCGGGGACGGCACGUUCAGCAAAUACCAGCAGCUCUUCCUGCAGAGGACCUCCUGCAAAACACCGCCCGGGCCCGCCAAGCUGCACCAGGACGCCAGCGGAGCGGCGCUCCUGCCCUGCUACGGUAAAGACAGCACAGGCCUGACUGACUCUGACUUGGCCCCGACCUCCGAAGCCCCUGGAAUGGACGGCAGCUACCUGGGCGUGAAGGACCAGGGCGUCAAGGGCCCUUCUGACAGGCCGCUGGGCACCGACCUGGCCAGCCCUCUGGACAAGGGGGACGGCGGGGAGAGCAACAAGGGCAAGAAGAGACGGAACCGGACGACCUUCACCAGCUACCAGCUGGAGGAGCUGGAGAAGGUGUUCCAGAAGACGCACUACCCCGACGUGUACGCCCGCGAGCAGCUGGCGCUGAGGACGGACCUGACCGAGGCCCGUGUGCAGGUAUGGUUCCAGAACCGCCGGGCCAAGUGGAGAAAGAGAGAGCGCUUCGGUCAGAUGCAACAAGUCCGGACACACUUCUCCACCGCGUAUGAGCUGCCUCUUCUUACCAGGCCUGAGAACUAUGCACAGAUCCAGAACCCGUCAUGGAUCGGAGGCAGCAGUGCAGCAUCACCUGUGCCGGGCUGCGUUGUGCCCUGCGACACCGUGACGCCCUGCAUGACCCCUCACCCCCACUCUGCCAGCGGGGUGUCCGACUUCCUGGGCGUGGCCAACCCUGGCGGCCACGUGGGACAGGCGCACAUGGGCAGCCUGUUUGGAGGACCCCCCGGCAUGGGAACGAGCAUCAACGGGUACGAUCUCAACAUGGACCCUGACCGCAAGUCCUCCAGCAUCGCCACCUUGCGCAUGAAGGCCAAAGAGCACAGUGCAGCUAUUUCUUGGGCUACAUGA